CCGGGAAGGGCCGGGGGAGCGCGGGGCGGCCGCGCCGCGCCGCCGCGGGGCAGGCCUUACUCGGGCCUCGUGUCCCGGCCCCUCCGCCGCGGAGGUUUGCGCCGCAUCCGCGGUGCUAACGCUCGCUUUUCGCGGCGGCGGCGGCGCCGUUCCGCCUCCAGCACUCUGGGGCUUUCCUUUCCUGCGUGAAGUACAGUCAUGACAGAUCAAGAGUAUGUUCUUUGCAAGUGGAAGAAGCGUUUAUGGCCAGCAAAGAUUUUGUCCAAGACUGAAGUUCCUGGAAAACCGUCCCCUACUAAUGUAAAGGAGACAUCUUUUAAAGUUGAAAUACUUGGCUUGGAAGAACAGAUUAGCGUCAACUGUGCAGAUACUGAACCACUGAAGGAAGAAUGUAUACAAAACAUCGCCUCUAACUUAGUAGAUCAGGGGAAGGAUUCUAGUGAGGCUGUUGAAGAACUGAAAUAUCGCCGUUCUCUUAAAAUUGCCCUAGAUAUUUUGAGUCAAAAUGACUCACCCAGACAAGUACCAUCCUCAGAGGAACAAAGUACUCAAUUAUCCCAGAAGAAUAAUGCAAGAUCUUGCUCAUCUACCCCCUUAACUACUUGUCGAUCACUCCUGACUAAAGCAGAGUUAGAGUUUGAGACUCCCAAUAAGAAAAGAGAACAAAAAAAUAACCCCAACCUGAAGACUGAUAUAAAAAAACAAAAGUUGAAACAUUCAUCCAUUUUGAAAGAGGGCACUAAAGCACACAAAGAUGGAAAAAAAACUUCAGAAUGCAGGACUAGGGACUUGUAUAAUGCAUCAAACUCAGAAAGUAAAAAUUGCAAAAUGACAGAACCAAAAUCACUAACAAGGCAGAAAAAAAUCAAGCCCAGACUGCUGACAAAGUCCCAGACAAAAAAUAAAUCUUCAUUUAAGCCAAAGGAGGAGAAAAGUAAGCAAGGAAGAAAAAGACCAAAAGGUGCAGGAUCACCCAUAUCAGGUAUCAGUGAUCUUCCAGAGGAUCAAGUGCAUUCUCUUCCUGAAGAAAGUAAUCCUGUGUCUGUUACCUGCAAGUCCAGCACAAUACUAUCUGUCAGAAGAAGGGCAAACACCAAAGGUCAGCCUAGAAGGACAAUACUGGAUUCUUCUUGUGAAUGUGCCUUGGAUGACUUAGAGAGCAGCAUCAGUAAUGAGAGUGAAAAUCUAGCAAAGAAAUUGGAUGGAAGGAAAAAAACAGUGAAUUUAAAAUGCAGAAAACGGGAGACCAGUGUGACUCUGUCUUCAUGCAAGAAAAGGAAAUGCAUAAAUUGCCCUGAAUCUUCACCUGGGCCUUCGAACCAUGGAAAUAUCUCUGAUAGUUUUCUGUCUAAGCUUAAAGAGGAAGAAAACAAGCAUGCUUCACACAUGCUUGGGAAUAAAGUAAAGGACUUUCAGCUGCCUGACUUUGAGGAAGUUGAAGGAUUGGAAUCUUCCAGUAUGUCUUCAAAGAUAAGUUCCUCAGAGAAUCUCACUCUCCUCUCAGCAUUGGUAGAUGAAGAGGAGGAGGAAGAUGAAGAACUUCCUAGUAUUCUAUCACAUCAAGAGCCACAGUCAAUUGAAGAAGGGAUUUUGGUCUGGUGCAAAUUGCGAAGGUACCCGUAUUGGCCAGCAGUGGUAAAAAAAGUGAAGCGGAAACACAAAAAAGCAAAUGUGCUGUUGAUAGAAGGGAAUACAAAUGACAAGACAAAAGGUUUUUCAGUAUCUCUUAGGAAUCUAAAGCAUUUUGAUUGUGAAGAAAAGCAGGACUUAAUAGACCGAGCCAAAGAAGCUUACUGCCGAGAAAUUGAGUGGUGCAUUCGAUUGAUUUCUGAUUACCGUAUUAGAAUAGGUUGUCAUUCUUUUACGGGAUCCUUCUUGGAAUAUUUUGCUGAUGAUAUCAGCUAUCCAGUUAGAAAGGAAGGUAUUCAAGGUUUAGUCCAAAUGAACUUUACAGAUGUAGCAGAGGAAGAGCUUGAAGAAUCUCUGUCAGAAACUUCACCUAGUAAGCCCUCCAAGAAACUCCUUCCUGAUAGAACAAGGGCUGCUAGAGAUAAAGCUAAUGAAAAGAUAGUAGAGUUUAUAGUGAAGACCAAGGGAGCAGAAGAGCAUCUUUUGGCUAUUUUGAAAAGCAGAAAACAAUCCCGGUGGCUGAAAGAAUUCCUGAAUUCAAGUCAGUAUGUGACCUGUGUUGAAACUUAUUUAGAGGAUGAAGAACAAUUAGACCUUGUAGUAAACUACUUGAAGCAAGUAUAUCAUGAAAUAGACACCAGAAAUUUGCAUCAAAUAAAUGGAGAUGGAAUAAAGUUUAUUUCGGAUGUCCUUUUGCCUGAAGCCAUCAUUUAUGCAAUUUCUGCUGUGGAUGACAUAGAUUACAAGAAGGCGGAAGAGAAAUUCAUAAAAGGACCAUCUGUGAGCAAAAGGGAGAGAGAAAUAUUUGAUGAAGAAAUUUUAGAAAGAAAAAAGUGGAAGACUGAACUCGCGUCUGAAGACAGCAAAUAAAUAGUGGUAGGAACUUUCCUGAGUGUAUAGUGGCAUUGAAUGUAUAUAAUGGAGAAGUGGUUACCUGUAUAAAAUGUGUAAUUUUUUUUAUCAAUAUGUAAAUAGUCUUCAAAGGAUGUAACAAAUCAUUAUAAUGCUGUAUUACCUUAAGAUACAGUUGUAUCUUCAAUUUUAAAUUCUGCAUAAUGGCAUUGCAUAUUGAAAAAGACAAUGUAUAAAUAGGUAGUAACACUUACAAGUGCACUGCCAGCCAGUUAUGUUCAGCCACUCUGUGUGCUUGAAACAGAAUUCACAGAAGAAAAGCAAAGGUUUUGCAAAGCUGUUUUAUGCAACUCUUGUAUUAAGCUUUUUGUAUUAAUGAUUGUGGCCAAAUAUCUCUGACAAGUGAAGGUCAACUGUCCUCAAAAACAUGUACUUGUACAUGUACUGGUAAAUUAUAUAGCCACAUAUUGCUUGGUAACUGUACUGCUAUUGAAUAUACUAUCUAGAAAUCUUUCCGAAGGGUUGACUAUUCUUAACCUACCUGUGUUUAAAAAUGGGAAAUAAAACUGGUACCUGGUGGUGAAACCCAAGUCACAAAGGCUUUGGUGUUUUGGUUUUUAGUGGUUUUUUUUAUAUAUUAUUUAUUUUUUGUUUAGUAGGACAACUGUGAAAUUCAGGGAAGAAGGAAUCCAAUGCAUACUUCAAACAAAAAAAGCUUCAUAUUUCCACUUAAACCCUUUUGAAUGCUGUUUUUAAAACAGUGUUUAAUACCAUGAUUUUAGAACUCUUUCUUUUUUUUAUUAUUAUUUUUCUGUUUUGUCUGAUUUAAUCAUGCAUUACUCCCUCUGCAGGCCUUUUGCUAAAAGUGUAGCAUAUUGUAGGUAAUUACUUCUGGCAAACCAACAGCACAAUUGAUAACUAUUUAAUGGAAAAGAACCAGUGAUUGGUAUUUGCAUAUGCUACAGGCGAAAUCUGAUCUGUUUACUUGUCCAACAGGAAUGUGAUUUGAUUUUACAAGAAGUAAAAUUUAAGAUUUUUAGUGAGAAACUAGGUGAGAAACUUAACACAGAAUCAAUAUACCAUUUUAUAUUUAUCUUGAAUAUAAUACUAAUUGAAUAUCAUUUAAUCUUAAUUACAUUGUAGUGUAUAUUGAGUCUCAAUAAUCACUCUGAAUCCUUAUUCAAAUAGAACAGUACCUAAGUGAUAAGAAUACAGUAUCUCAUUUCUUUUAGUUUUCACUAAUUUUGGUGAUAAGGAAUAAUGCAUUUCCUGUCAUAGCAUAAUGUCUUUGAUCACAAAGUUAUAGAAUUAACUGGAGACAUGAGUGAUGCUUAAAGAUGGAGAUUUAUUGGGCCAUGUGCAACUAAGUGUAUGAAGCUUCCUGCCUGUAAAAAUGAACCCUAUUUAGGUACUCCUCCUGCAGGUGCUAGUAAUGGUGAUUUAAAGAGAGCAACAUAUCUUAAGGUUCCCUCUCCUUUAAACAUAGUUAUCUGUACACUUUUCACAAGUACCAUAAUAUUUGUGGUACUGUAAAAAAACUUAAGAUUUUUUUCAAGCUAUUGCACAACAGUAUAACCUCCAAAUUGUGCUACCUUCUUUAUCCAAAUAUUUGCUUUUCAUACCUUUCUCACAGUAGUAUCUUUUGUUUUUUAUUUUUAAAAUGAGAACUGGUCUAUUUAAUCAAAUAGUACUAUUUCACCAAGGAGUGAAAAACAGUAUACAUUGUGUUGAAGCACUUGUAAAGACGUAAACAUGUUGAAGUCUUCUCAGCUUUUGAAUCAGGGUGAUUAAAAAUUAUUUACAGGUAUAUUAGUAUCUCAAUAUCAAAUUCAGAGUUGCAAUGUAAAAAUUUUACUGCUGUGGUGCUGUACAGAACUGAUUUCCUAAAUCAGUUAAAACUGGCACGUGAAAGAUGUAAACUCUCCAAGAUUUAGUAUUACUUUACCUGAAAUGAAAAUAUUAUUUCAAAUCCUACUUUUGAUCUGUGGCCUUAAUUGCACAAAGCCUUUUGCACCUGAAUUUUGUAUUGCCUGAAGCCUGGGUUUAGUCUGUAUGUCAGAUACAACCCUAGCAUAAUGUUUUUAAACAGUAUCACAGUUUCAUGUUAAUAAACAAGGGGUGACUUUAUUUACAGGUAGUAAAAUUGAAGAUUUAGUGAGAAAUUAAGAAGAAAGAAAAAAGCAGACUUACUGUUUUCUGUUGUUGUGCUUUAGUUAAAGCAGCUAUUCAAAUGCAUCAUCCCUGUCAAGAACAAGCUACUGAUUAAGGUUGUUUCAUUUUAAUAGAUGCAGAUUCCUUUAACUGAACUUCAUACCUGUAACAGUGUUAAAUCAGCGACUGAGUGUGUUGCCUACUGGUAUUUGUUUCUCGGAUAUUAAAACAGUCUGGAGGAAGA